UUUGUUCCCUUCAACGCCGUCGUAUAGUAUGCAAACCGACCGUAAAAGUUUGACUAGAGCUCCGACGACGUUCGGAGGACUUGUAAUCCAAGUAGUCCAGAGUCCCCUCGGGAACCUUCGAAAUUCCGCCGCUUUUGCUUUUUCUUUCCGGUGACGAGAAUCCAAUCGACGAUUUAAGCAAUUGAGCUGAAGAACUGAAGAAUUGGGGAAACUGGGAAUGGGAACGCCGGCGUUUCCUAAUCUCGGGAAGCAUUGCAGCGUCGAGGAUUGUCGGCAGAUCGAUUUUCUACCGUUCACUUGCGAUUCCUGUCACCAGGUGUUCUGUUUAGAGCACCGAAGCUAUGGUAGACACCACUGUCCGAAAGCCAACAAAAACGAUGUGACUGUUGUAGUUUGCCCUCUGUGUGCAAAAGGAGUUCGUCUAAUUCCUGAUGAAAAUCCAAAUAUCACCUGGGAGUCACAUGUAAACAUUGAAUGUGACCCUUCGAAUUAUGAUAAGGUCACCAAGAAAAGAAAAUGUCCUGUGUCAGGCUGUAGAGAGAUCUUAAGCUUUUCUAACAAAAUUAGGUGCAAGGAUUGCACAAUAGAACAUUGUUUGAAACACCGUUUUGGGCCAGAUCAUAGAUGUCCCGGACCUAAGAAGAUACAAUCAACUUUUCAGUUUAGCAGCUUUUUAAGCAGUGGUAAACAACAGUCAAAGCAAAAUCCAGUUUCGUCUUCUUCUAGCUGGGCAUCAAGUUUAUUCAGGGUAGCUUCGUCAGUUCGGGCUACAGCUGAAUCUGGAGUGGCAAGAUUGAGCAGUGAUUUCAAAGACAUUCUGCAGGGGUCGGGCAGCAGCAGCGGUAGUAGCAGCACGAGCCAUGGGGGAAGCACGAGCAGGCAGUUGGAGCAAUGUCCACAGUGCAAUUUAAGAUUCUCAUCGGUAAUGGAUCUAGUAAACCAUGUAGAGAGAGUUCAUGAAAGAAAUGGUGUAAUGAAGGUUACACUUGAUGUCUGCCCCAAAUGUAGCAAAGGCUUUCGUGAUCCUGUGUCUUUGGUGGAACAUGUUGAGAGGGAACACCGAGGAACUUCGAAAGCUUAGCGAGUAAUCACUGGAACGGAAUAGUAUUCCCUGUAAAAGAUUUUUGUGAUAAUAUACUGAUUUCAUUCUUUCAA